AUGGGCUCUCUUGCGCGGGAUUCCAUGGACUGCCUUAUCCAGGGCCCCUCGGGCCAAGGACAGAGGGCCGUUCGUUCACGCCCUGAAGUAAAGGCGCCCCAUGAUGUUUUGGUCUGCGUCUCUGCCGUGGCCCUGAACCCAACGGACUUCAAGUCGCCGGCGUCCAACCCUAGUCCAGGGGCCAUCAUGGGUUGCGACUUCAUGGGAUACGUCGUCUCAGCCGGCGAGGACGCGGACAAACUUUUUCCCUCCUCCACGCGAGUUUGCGGCUUCGUUCACGGCUCCAACCCUGGCAAUCCCGACAAGGGAUCGUUUGCGCAGUACCUUGUGACCGACUCCCGCCUGUUGGUCCGAGUUCCCGAUAGCUGGACCGAUUUGGACGGCGCAGCUCUCGGCGGGGUUGGAUGGGGUACCAUUGCUCUGGCCAUGGAGGUAUCGCUACGGCUCUCUGGGCGUCCGUCCAAACCAGCUGCUCCUCAAGAGGAUGGCUCCAGGGUUCCCGUGCUGGUUUAUGGUGGUGCCACGGCCACCGGCACCAUGGCAUGCCAGAUACUGUCAAUGUCCGGUUACAAGCCCAUUGCCACAGCGUCCAGCAUCAGCUCGUCCCUGGUGCAAGAUUACGGUGCCGCUGCAGUUGUACCGUACUCAUCUGCCAGCUGUGGGGAGACCAUUCGUGACCACCACACCGGCGGGAAUUUGCGAAGCGCUCUGGACUGCAUCAGCUCGCCAGAGUCCGUGGAAUGCUGUUUCACGGCCCUGGGUCGCAUCGGGGCACACUACGCCAGCCUUGACUUCAUCCCGGACGAUUGGAAGACGCGCAAGGCCAUCAAGGUCUACAUGCCCCUGACUUAUGCUCUCCACGGCCACGAGAUUCUGUUCAAGGGGCCGUAUCAUCGGGAUGCAGACCCUGCCAUGUUGGAGCUGGGCAGGCGGUGGCGAGACGAAGUGCAGGGCCUAGUAGAUGCUGGACGCCUUCGACCGCACCCCGUUCGAGAGGUCCAAGGGAAGUGGCAGGGGAUUAUUGAUGGACUGGAGAUGAUGAAGGCUGGAGAGAUUCGAGGCCAGAAGCUUGUGGUAGCCUUGUGA